AUGGAGGCCGGAGACCCCUGGAUGGCCUUGCCUCUUUUCAAGCGAGAACACUCGCCCGACGUCCUCUCACUGUCCCAUCCGUUGAUCCCAGACGACAUCCGUCAGGAAUAUCCGGAAUCCCCAGGACUCCUUGCGCAGCUGCGUGAAUCAACAGAACUCCAGGAAUAUCCCAGCUCCGACCUCACGUCUUCCAAUGAUCCUUUCUUCUCUGAUGGGACUGAUAGCAGGACCAGCAACAAUACCAGCAUCAACCCGCCUGAGUGGACAGUGGCCGACGCAUCCGCCUCGAUCGCUUCAUAUCCCACAACAUGCCCGUAUCCCAGGUGCAAGUCGACCCUGCAGUUCACGCGAGCUCGGGAAUUCCACCGUCAUUACAAGCAGCACUUCAAGCGGUUUUUCUGUCGAUACCGGGACUGUCCGCAGUCCGAGCCGGAACCGAACUGUCCCCGGUUCGAAAGCAAGAGUGGUUUUGCGACGCGCAAGGAUCGUGCCAGGCACGAGGCGAAACAUAAUCCGGAGAUCCGGUGUGAUUGGCGCGACAACCGAGGUGAGCAGUGCACGAGAGUCUUUAGCCGGAUGGACAAUAUGAGGGAUCAUGUGAGGAGGAUUCAUUUGGGGAGGGGAGGGAUGAAUGAGGAGUGA